AUGGAAGACGAAGAUAAAAAAGAAAUGCAAUUACUCCCCACUUGUCUCGCCACCUCCGAUUCUUCAUCUGUAAGAUAUAGGGCCAAAAUGAAUGAUGAAUACGGAGAGGCUUCAUCACUUGACUUGCAACUAUCAAUCAGUGAAGGGCGUCCAUCCAAAUCUAAAGGUGGCGUCCAGUGGUUGAGAUGGCAGGCGGCUGAGCAAAUCCGAUUGGCUGCUAUCGAAAAGGCUUAUGCGGAGAGACUUAGGGAGCUCACCAAGAGGGAAAUGGAGAUGGCUCAGUCCGAAUUCGCUAGAGCUAACCACCUGUGGCAAACAGAAAAGGAAGAUGCUGAGAGAGCCGAGAAAUGA